AUGGAACCUAAUAGGUUUCAAUUUACUUCAAAUAUUACACAUUCUUUUCGUGAAGAAUUCUUACAAUUUAGUCCCCCGUAUAAAUUAACGAUUAAACCUAAUGAUUUAAUCUCGCCAUCUCUUAGUUCUCGAAAUGCUGUGAAGCAUAAAAAUAACCCUGAAAAAUUCAAAAAACCACGACCAUUAAAUUCUUUUAUGUUAUUCAGAAAGAAUUUUCAAGCGGAAUUAAAAUCACUAGGUGUUAAAAUUACGAAUGAAGAGGUUUCCGGUUUGGCAUCCAAAAUUUGGGAAGAGCAACCGGCCUCAGUAAAAUAUUAUUUCGAUAUUGCCGCUAAAGCGGCUGAUGAAGAGCAUAAAAAGGACAAUCCCAAUUACAUCUUUUCCCGCAAAAAAAGCAGCCAAAAAAUUAAAUCUAAUAAAAUGUCCAGGAAAAAAAACGAUAAUAAUACGAACAAUCGAUUUCAAAAUCACGAGAAACACGAUCAACUUCCGAAUGUAGAGAACCAUCCUAACGGCGAUCCCAGUGAGCAAGAAACUUUUCUUCAAAUGCUCACUGAGUUAACGUACAUCCCCCUUGAUAAAUCUUAG